CCAACCCAGAAACCAACAACUCUCACGCUGAAGCUCCCGUGCUCACCCUCCAACAUGAAGGUCUCCGCAGCCCUCCUGUGCCUGCUGCUCACAGCAGCCGCCUUCAGCACCCAGGUGCUGGCUCAGCCAGAUUCAGUUUCCAUCCCAAUCACCUGCUGCUUUGGUGUGGUCAAGAAGAAGGUUGCCAUCCAGAGGCUGGAGAGCUACACAAGAAUCACCAGCAGCCAGUGUCCCCAGGAAGCUGUGAUCUUCAAGACCAAACUGGACAGGGAGAUCUGUGCUGACCCCAAGCAGAAGUGGGUCCAGGAUGCCGUGAAGCGCCUGGACCAAAAGUCCCAAACCCCGAAGCCUUGAACUUUUGCACCUGGACUGAGAGACAGUCAGAUCCUGAGGAAAAUCUUAUUUGUUUUCCUCCAACCUUCCCCAUUGCAGAGUGAUAUUAUUUAAUUAUAAUGUCCCAAAAGAGGCACUUUGGUUAGUAAUUUAAAGCCUGAUAUUUCUUAAAUAAUAUUUAAUUAUAUUUAAUUAUAUUUAAUUUAUUGAUGUUUUGACUUUAUCUGCCAUAAAUCCUAGUGAAUGUAACUCACUAUUUGGCAAUGUGUUUUCUUUUCUGUGAGCUCACUUGAGUUCAUGGCGAGAUGUCAUUGUUCUCCUUCCUACCUGCCUGUAGUAUUGUGCAGUCCUCCUAUGGACCAUCAGAGUGAAACACUUGUAUAUUCUUAGGAAAUUGGUGCUCCUCUGAGUUCAACGUGUGCUAUGUAGUGUUGUUGUUGAAAUUAAUGUUAUUAGAUGACUAUGGAAUUUUCAAAUAAAAAUAUAUAUAA